GGUGAGAGCAACAAUUCGAGUGAUUGAAAGAAAACAAUUAAGAAGAAUGCCGAUCUCUAAAAUUGUGAUUGGAAAUGCUUCUGAGUUGAGGCAAAGCGAUGCGCUUAAGGCCGCACUCGCUGAGUUCAUCUCAAUGCUUAUCUUUGUUUUCGCCGGACAAGGCUCCGGCAUGGCUUAUAAUAAGUUGACAAACAAUGGCGCAGCAACACCAGCUGGCGUAGUGGCAGCAUCAUUGUCUCACGCCUUUGCUCUCUUUGUUGCAGUCUCCGUUGCCGCCAACAUCUCCGGCGGCCACGUCAACCCUGCCGUCACUUUCGGCGCUUUCAUUGGUGGCCACAUCACUCUCCUCAGAACCAUUCUCUAUUGGAUUGCUCAGUUGCUUGGCUCCGUUGUUGCUUGCUUGCUCCUUAAAUUCGCCACAGCCGGACUAGAAACAUCUGCAUUUGCACUAUCAUCUGGGGUUGGAGCAUCGAAUGCAUUGGUGUUUGAGAUUGUGAUGACCUUUGGUCUGGUGUACACGGUGUAUGCUACUGCCGUGGACCCAAAGAAGGGUGACAUUGGGAUCAUUGCUCCAAUUGCCAUUGGCUUCAUUGUGGGUGCUAACAUUUUAGCCGGUGGGGCAUUUGAUGGUGCAUCCAUGAACCCAGCUGUAUCUUUUGGGCCUUCUGUUGUUAGCUGGAAUUCCCCGUCACAGAUUACUAGCACCAUACUCACCUAA